ACAGAGUCCGAAGGAGACUCGUACCAACCAGUUGCGGAUUACGACUUUUUCAAUUCCUUUACCUGUUUUGGUUUACAACAGUCAGCAUCGACUACUCCAGAAGAUGUUGGUGACAGUUUCGAAGAGCGUGUGCAUUCUGCUCUCCUGCAUGUUGCUGGAACUCGUGUUUUCAGUGCAGAGUCAGAUGUGUGACAUGGUGAAGGAAAUAGCGAAGGAGAAGGACCUGUGCGAGGCUGAGAUUGAGAACAAAACGACAGGUUGCAGUGGGACAUGGGACAAGAUCACCUGCUGGCCCAGUGCUGAGGUUGGCGAGCUGGUCACCAUCCCUUGCCCCAAAUAUCUGUUCUACUUCUCCAGGAACGUUCCCAGACGUAACCUGUCAAAGACCUGCACAGAGGAUGGUUGGACCGCAAUCAGCUUGGACUCCUACAUAAUGGACUGUGGUUACAAUCCCAACAACACCAUAGAUGAUAAUACGUCGGGAAAAUUCUUCGACGCCAUCAAAGUGGGUUACACCAUUGGUCACAGCGUGUCCCUCAUCUCUCUGACGAUCGCCAUCAUCAUACUGUUUCUCUUUCGGAAGCUGCACUGCACAAGAAACUACAUCCACAUGCAUCUGUUUGUGUCUUUCAUACUGAAAGCUGUUGCUGUUUUAUUGAAGGAUGUGGUUCUGUAUGAAGUCGGGGAGACAGAAAAUUGCCAGUCACCUGUUAGCUGCAAGGCAGUGGUGGUCUUCUUCCAGUACGGGGUCAUGGCGAGUUACUUCUGGCUGCUGGUGGAGGGCCUCUAUCUUCACACUCUGCUAGCUGUUUCCUUCUUCCCUGAGAGGAAGUACUUCUGGUGGUACAUCCUAAAUGGUUGGGGAGCUCCAACUGUCUUUAUCUCAGCAUGGGUGAUUACAAAGGCUUAUUUAAAUCACCCUGGAUGCUGGGAGAUAAUUGACGACAUCCCAUGGUGGAUCAUCAAAACACCCAUUUUAGUCACCAUACUUGUGAACUUUUUCCUCUUUAUCUGGAUAAUCCGGAUUUUGCGGCAGAAGAUGAAUUGCCCCGACAUCGGAAGAAAGGAAUCCAAUCAGUACUCGAGAUUAGCUAAAUCCACUCUACUGUUGAUACCACUCUUUGGCAUAAACUACAUCAUCUUUGCCUUUAUCCCUGACCACAUCCACCCACAAGUGAGGAUGGUGUUCGACCUCAUUCUGGGGUCAUUUCAGGGUUUUGUCGUUGCAGUUUUGUACUGCUUCAUGAAUGGAGAGGUGCAGGCGGAGAUUAAGCGUAAGUGGCGCAGAUGGAUGCUGCAGAGGUUCCUGGUGGCUGACACUAAGUACCAGCAGCCCUCCAUAGGCAGCAAUGGCAACAACUUCAGCACCCAGAUCACCAUGUUUACAAAAUGCAGCCCUACAACACGCCGGGCCUCUGAGUGUCAGGAGCACCUCUCUGCCAUCUGAAAGCCAUUUACAGUUAAUACCCUUUCUUUGUUUCAAUCAUAGGGUGCUAAGGUGUACACACAUGUACUGUUGCAAUGCAGUUGACAUUGGUUACUGGAGGUUAAUAUGACAUUUUAGUGCUGAAACUAAUAUUUUUUUCAUUUUAACUAUCUGUUACCUGUCAAAAAAUGACAAGUGAGGAGUGUUUUUCUUGCAGCAACUUACGGAACAUAGCACUUGUUUGGUAAAUUGGUUAAACAAUAACCUUUAAUUUGCAAAAAAGAACACUUUAACAGAUUGCUAUAAUGUAGCUUUGAUCACAAUGGAACUUCCAUUGUAUCGCAGGUUGAUCGGCAGGCAUCUGGUUCUUACACGUGAUGAGUCAAUUCAAACUGGCUUCUGAUAAAUUGUUAAAAAAUCAAAGCCCGGAAUAAGAUUAACAGAGUCCUUUACAAAGAAUACACUACAGAAUACUGCAGGGAGAAAGAUCUUCAUGGCCACUAUGUGGAUUAAAUGGAAAUGGAACUCUUGGCCCACAAUUCCUUCUCAUGUUAAGCAAUAGUUGGAUAGAGCCAAAGACAAGCUGUGUCCUAUAAGAAGCAAGAUGUUUAUUAAAAGGCUGUGUUACACAAGAUGGAUCAGAGCACUUAAUCUAAUGGCCCAUGUUGCUUAGGGGACCAAAAGUAACAGCAUCGAUGACAGUGUCAGGCUGCCAUGAACAGUAAUCAUAGAGGAGGAAUAUAUAGCAUAACUUCUGUACUGGACAUCUUAUUCUAUCUAUGACAGUUAUAUCGGGGGCAUACACUCUGCUGAAUUACUGCUGAAUAACAUUCCAGAGGAGACACUAAAGCUCCCGCUUGUGAAAUUUAUCUCAGAUUCCAAAGGCUUUUAGUUUUGUCCGAUUGCACAGUUGCUCAGCAUAUGUUCAUUUUUACUGUUUCUACAACUAAUGGACCAGAUGUAUUGCAUUAUUAGUCCACAAUACACAACAUUGUGAAUAAAUAUAUAGUUACACUGGUUAACUUCCAUUUACUGGAUUGCAUGGAUAAUUAAUUUCAUUGCAUUGAUAAAUAGUUUUCUACUCUAUUUAAUUUAUUCUAUAUUUACAGAUUAAAUUAAUAUGAUUAUUAUUGUAUCAUACUUUAGCAUAUACUGUAUACAUAUAUAUACUGUAUAUAUAUAUAUUUACAGGUGUACAGGCCAAAGGUUUGGACAAACCUUCUCAAUCAACAUUAAUGAAUGACUGAACACAUGUGGAAUUAUAUACUUUACAAAAAAGUGUGAAAUAACUGAAAACAUGUCUUAUAUUCUAGUUUCUUUAAAGUAGCCAGCCUUUGCUUUGAUCACAGCGCUUCAAACUCUUGGUGUUCUCUCAGUGAGCUUCAUGAGGUAGUCACCUGAAAUGGUUUUCACUUCACAGGUGUGCCUUGUCUGGGUUAAUUAGUGAAAUAUCUUGCCUUAUUAAUGGAGUUGGGACCAUCAGUUGUGUUGCUCAGAAGUCAGGUUGAUACACAGCCAGCAGCCCUAUUGGACAACUGUUAGAAUUCAUAUUAUGGCAAGAACCAAUCAGCUAAGUAAAGAGAAACAAGUCGCCAUCAUUACUUUAAGAAAUGACGGUCAGUCGGUCCGGUAAAUUGCAAACUUUUGGCCUCUACUGUAUAUAUACUAUAUUCAUGGCCUGGCCGUUGGUCGGUGGGCCUAUCACUUUGGUACGGACUGAAAUAUCUCAACAGCUAUAGGAUGGAUUGCCAUGACAUCUUGUACACACAUUCAUUGUCCCCAGAGGACAAACCUUAAUGACUUUAAGUAUAUUCUGACUUUCAUCUAGCUCCACCAGCAUGUCAAGCUUUCCACUUAUCUAGUGAAAUAUGUCAUUAUCUACACAAUGGAUUAGCACAACAUGUUUUACAGACAUUCAUUGUUCCGAGUAGAUGAAUCUUAAUGACUUUGGUGAUGGUGAAGCAUUUUUGUGUCGGCCUCCUACAUGCUUGGCACAUGGGGGACGUUUUGCAAUCUGCAACCUCGCCGCUAAAUGCCCCUAAAUCCUACACACAAGACAUUUAACUUUUCAUUUAGCAUUGUCGUCAAUACUUUGAUUUAUGACUGGUAACUGCAGAACUAAUGGCAUUCUCAUUAGCCUAUACUUUGACUAUAGUACUAAUUAGCGAAUGCUAGCAUGCCUGAGAUGGUGAACAUGUUAAACAUACAUACAAUCAAAGCAUUUUCACUGGGAACAUGUUAGCAUGCUGGCCUUAAACUCAAAGCGCUGUCUCAAACUGAUGCUUGCUUGACUGUAGAUGCUUAGUCUUGUUUGAUGUAAUAGGACAUAUCAAGUGUAAUGACAUAAUGCAUGAUAGAAGUUAUAUCUUUGUGUUUGAUUAUGUUUUUAAACAUCAAUUUGAUGCCACCUCCAGCUCA